AUGUACCUGCCCACAGCAUUACCACCGGAGCCCCAGACGUCCACGAAACAAGCUCAACAAAGCCGACAGAAUUGGAAGAUAAAUCUAGAAGGAAGUAAACAAAGAAAGUAUAAAUGCAAUGAGCAGGGCACAGCCCGACCCAGGGGCACCAUGAGAGAUAUACGAUUUUAUAACGAGAGACAGCAGACUCCAAUGUAUCGCAAUAAUAAUUCCAGUAGAUGGGAUGUAAAUGAUGUAUAUAGAAGAAACAAUAAUAAUUAUAGAGGUAAUCGAACUUAUUAUGCACCAAAUUAUCAGAACCGUUUCUCUCCUAGAUAUACUCCCAAUCAACCACUAAACAGAGGGAAAAUUCCUCAAAAAAGCUCUGUACAAGAAAAACCGCAUCUAUUAGAUGAAGACAGUGAAGAGUAUGUAAACAACAAAAUACAGCAAACCAGUGCAAUAAUAAUGCGCCAGUUAUUAAACCCCGAAGAAGAUAUCAUUCAAGCUAAAAAUAACAAUUCCAAGUUACCAGAGUACCCAAAAGAACAAGCAAAGGUUACUGAAAAACCAAGUACACCCAUUAAAAACAACAAGAGAAGAAGAAACGAUUCUUCUAAUACACUGGUGUCUACGGAAAAUAAACCGGACAAAAGCACUACUUACACAGCAGAGCAAAUUAGUAACAAAAUAAUGGCUCAUUUGAUCAACUUAAACGAUGGUAGAAAGAAGAAUCUUAUAAUCCGUGGAACUUCGUCAGUUUACGAUGAUGCAAUUACCAAUAUUCUUAAGCAGAAGCGCCUCGAAAUCUCUCGAGCAUUGCGAAACGUUCGCUUAAAGUCUGCGGAUGUUACGGAUUCCAGCGAAUUAAUCAAUUCGAUUAUACCCGACAUGGGCAUAAAAAUCGAGGAUUUGCCGCAAGAAAUUCUGGAAGAAUUGCAAAACACUUUCGAAAAUUUGGAGGAAAUCGAAGAUUACGAAUCUAUUAAUUCUGAUGAUAACGAAAUUUUCAUUCGAGAAAGCGAUGUUUGUUUUAAUGUCGGUUCGCCUGAUAACAAUUCAAUGCAAAGCAACUCUAGUGAAGCACCGAUAAAAAAUGAGUUAGAUGAUUUAGCAAAUCAACCUGACAAAGAUUUUAAUGAGAUGGAAGCUUCAACAAAUCAAAUAGACACGGAAUUGAAUGAAAUGGAUGUUUCAACAAACCAAAUUGACAAAGACUUGAAUGAAAUGGAUGCUUCAACAAAUCAUAUCGAGACAGAUUUUAAUGAAAUAGAUCACAGUGAGAUUAAAAUUGAAGAACACCACAUAGAGGACGAUUCGGUUACUAUCAGAGAAAGUGAUGUUUGCCUAGACAUGCCUUCAUCGCAACAUUCUGAUUUAAUACAAAUUAAAAGUGAAAUUGAUCUUCCUUCAAAUAAAGUAGAUUCAGACAUCACUAACACACUGAGUGAUGAUACAAAGGAAUUGGAUACUAACAAAGAAAUGGCUGUACCAGAUAAAUCAGACAGCAUGACCAUCGAGGAGUUUAUCAAAAUGAAUUUUAAAUUUUUGCCAAAAAAUUACUCUCAGGCUUUGAAACAAAUGUCCACGAUUGACGAAUAUAUAAAGAAACUAAUGGAUUAUCGGCAACGGUGUUUUAUAGCUCUGGAUAAACGUAUAAAAAGGAAAAAAAGGAAGAGACGAGAAGAAAAGUCUACUGAUUUAACAGUUAAACGAUCCACAGAUGAAGCUGUAGUGGAAGAAACACUAAGUAACGUGAAAACUCCAUCUUCAAUGAAAGAAACUACUUCAAAUAAUGAUAAUAAUCUAGAAACUAAUAAAGAUGAAGGAGCCACUAAUUUCACGGAUAUUAAAGAAAAAGUUUUAGUGUUAAAGGUUUGCGACCUUUCCCUUUUAGUAGCCACAGAAAGCGGGAAAAUUUACUUCUACGAUCUGAAUUUGUUGGAUUCGAAUUUUUGGAGUUGCGAAUACCUAUUACAUGUAACGACCCUGCCUAUAACAUACUUGGCUUACAAAGUGGGCGAAGACAAGAAGCCCUACUUAUUCGUAGGAUCCGCCGAAUCAUCGUUGAAAAUCUACAAUUUUUACAGCAAAUGCCUUCUAAAAAACAUCGAAUUGGACGACAGCGUGCAGUGCAUGGACGAAAAUUGGGGAUCCGUUUUCUUGGGAUGUCUGAGAGGAACUAUCAUGAGAUAUAGCAUAGAGAAACAACAAAUUGAGUACAAAGAUCAAUUUUUCACCGAACGCAUACUAACCAUCAAAGCCACCGUGGAAGGUGCUCGAAGAGUACUGUUAAUAGGAACUCGCAAUUCACCCAUUAUGAUUAGGGACGCAAUGAACGGUCUCUUAUUGAGAAAAAUCGAUACUAACGAUAGUACAGUUUACUCCAUGGUGAUUCACAAAAACUACAUAAUUUGUGGAACGCAAUCGUUCGAUAUACUAAUUUUCAAUUUCCAUAACGGCCAAUUGGAGCAUAGAUUCGAUGCGACAAUGUCCAAAGGAGUGCCCUGCAUGAAGCUCGUUGGGAAAUGUUUAUUUGCAGGAUGUCGAAACGGGAAUAUUUACGUUUUCAAUUUGGAAACGAAUGUUCUGCUUGAUACUUUGCGUGGACCCGGAGAUGUUAUCGUAUCGAUGGAAAUACUGAACAAUCAGGUAAUCAUUGGUACGUUGUCGUUAAAAAUGGUUUCUGUUCCAAUCAGCUCAAAGGUUUUAAGUGAACUGAAUUAA